AUGAUUCUCAUUCAAUUUCUCUUGACGAGUUUCGUUGUGUUAAUCGAUGGUAAACCAAGUAUUCUCGAUGAUCAGGUCACUUCUUCAAAUGCAAUGUUUCUGAAACCUAAAGCGAGUAUAAUGCGUCAUCUCAAUCCGUUGAAACUUUUGUUUACAGUCGCUUAUGUUCCUGACCGCAAUCCACAAUAUUCAAUCGAAUGGAAUCUACCUCUUUUGAAGACUAUGCUGUUGGAAAGUUCAUUUGUUACCGAUGAAGAUAAAGCUUUGUUCAUCAAUGACUUCAGUGAACAACUCUCGGAUUAUGCAAAUUGGUCAGACGAAAAACACUACGACUUGGAGCGUUUUACUGAGAAAUAUUUUAAUAUCUACAAAUCCCCUGAUACAUUCUUGCCAUUGGUCGAUUGUCCUGCUUUAACUCAUGCUCUUACAGAUGCAAUGAUCGACGAUCUUCAACCAAACAUUGAGCAAUCAAAACGAGCAGCUAUACGUGCACGAGCAGUCGAACGAUUAUGUAAUGCUGCAUAA